AUGGCCUACCUCUCUACCAACCAACUUGUUCAAGGACCCCCUGCUUCCUCUUCUUCAAACACGACUUCUCAUGAGCUUACGAAGAAGCAGAGGAAGAGCAGGGCCUCACAGGCGCGGAAGAACAAGGCAGCGGCUCUGGUCCGGGCUCAGCUUGGGCUCAAGCCCGGCGAGGUGCCCAAGUCGGGCCAGUCCUAUUGGUCGCCUAAGCGUCUGAGGAAGAAGCAGAGACGGAUAAUGGACUCUGUUGAGGAGGCCGAGACGGUUGUAGGUCAUUGCAUGGGUAACGACCAGGGAAUGGCCUCCACUGUAGGGAAACUGACUGCCGUAUAG